UGAGUAAUAUUAUUUUGUGAGAAUGUUUUUUAACUGUUGUUGAUGAUCAGACUUCUAUCUCUAUGUUGUGUAGUUUCAGGAUUAAAUAUAAUCAAGGAUUUCCUGGACUGAGUAGUCAGUUCAGACUGUGAGAUAUUUCCAUAACAGUCAAGCAGUUACGUGGGUAUGGGUGCAGCAGAGGUUUAGAUCAUCCCUGUUAGGGCACAUCUCACAUUUCUUGUUACCUCUCUGUAGCACUUGCACUUCACACAGUACUGCUACAGCACUUGAUUCAGAAGAUAUAAGUAGUAGUUGAACUCUCUGACCAAGGCUGUGUUUACUAGGAGCACAAAAACACCAGUGAACCAAAAAAAGGGCACAGGGUCAUUUAUCUUCAGUUUUCCUGGUUCUGCUGUAAACCCACUGUGUACUACCCAUAAACACACCUGCUGUUUUACCAGAGCCUGGGAAAACAGCAAAUGUGCUCUGUGGUAAAGCUGUUGAUGACCUUUCAGGACAACAAUUAACUGGCUAACAAACACAAGUCCCAGGAGAGGCUGUGCCAGGAGGGUUCUGCAGGUGGAUCUCACCUCUUUCACCCCCUUAAGCUCUGAAAUGGAUAUUUCUUUGCUUUCCAGCUACAAAGCACAUUAUUGUCUGAGGUCAAAAACAGAGAGAAAACAAAUGCACAAAAUGCUGUGUCUGUGUAGAUUACAUUAAUCUAAAUGUGUCUAAGCUUGCACUACUGAAACCAGAGAAUAGUUGAGAAUUUAUUUCUUUAGGAGCAGAAUUAGACCUCAAACAAAAAAUAAACCCCACUGUAGGGGGUAUUUGCAUGCUGAAAGUAUUACAUUUUUUCUAGGGAAUUGUAAAAUUUGAAGCUGCCUGAAAGAAGGUGACAGGCCAGAGAGACACAGAAGACAGGGAAAGAGAGGUUGUACUUUAAUGUACAACAGAUGCCAGCUAACUGCAGAAAUGAAAUCUGUGCUCUUGGGGGAAGUAAUCCCCACUAUGGAAUGUGAUGUGUGAUACUAAUGAGGAGCUACAAUUGCUCACAGAAUUGGAGGGAGCCAGGAGGAGGGAAUACUUGCCAAUUAAGUACUAGGCAAGGUACAUGAGGAGGAGUUGUAAGAAAUCUCGCCUGAUCACAAGUAACCUCUCCAGAUUCUCGCUUUUAUGAAGAAGGGUGAAGUACCAGAGAGCAAUUAUACUCCGUUGUUUUUUAUCAAGAACACUGAAGCAGCUUCUUUCUGCAAAGAAAGGGGUUUCUUCAAAACCCCUGUAUAUCUGCUUUUGUGCCAUGAAGAUUUUACUUGAAUUUCAAGCGUUGCGGUCCCCACAGAACAUCCAGACACUCCGGAGGUUAUUCCACCAGUAUCACAAGACUUUUGCACCUUUGAAUUUCUCAGACUAUGAAGCUAUCGGUCGCUGUGAAAAGCAAGUACCUGAGUACUUCAAUUUUGCAAGUGAUGUGCUGGACAAGUGGUCUCAAAUAGAAAAGGAACAAAAGGGACCAUCAAACCCAGCUCUGUGGUGGAUAAAUGGAAAAGGAGAUGAAAUUAAAUGGAGCUUUGGAGAGCUGGGCUUCCUGUCCCAAAAAGUGGCCAAUGUGCUCUCUGGACCCUGCAGUCUGCAAAGGGGAGACCGGGUUUUAGUGAUUCUACCCCGAAUCCCAGAGUGGUGGCUGCUGAACGUGGCUUGUAUGCGAACAGGUGUUAUCAUCAUCCCAGGGACAACACAACUGACAGCACAAGACAUUUGCUAUCGACUGCUGGCUUCAAAGGCCAAGUGCAUUAUUACAACUGAUGCUCUUGCUCCUGCAGUGGACUCAGUUGCAUCUAAGUGCCAGUUUCUGAAAACAAAGCUAAUUGUAUCUGAAAGCAGCAGGGCUGAGUGGCUGAAAUUUAGUGAUUUGCUCAAGGCUGCCCCUGCUGUCCAUAGCUGCGUGAAGACUAAAAGUCAGGAUCCAAUGGUAAUUUAUUUUACCAGUGGCACCACAGGCUCUCCCAAAAUGGUUGAACAUUCCUAUGGAAGCUUCGGUCUGGGUUUUUUCGUCUGUGGAAGGUACUGGAUGAAUCUGACUCCCUCAGACAUCAUGUGGAACAUGUCAGACACUGCUUGGGUAAAGGGAGCUGCUGGGAGCAUUUUUGGUCCAUGGUCCCAGGGCACGUGUGUUUUUGUACAUGCCAUGCCACAGUUUGAUCCAAGAGGAAUCUUAAAUACCUUGUGCAGAUACCCAGUGACCACUCUGUGCAGUGCCCCAACCGUCUACCGCAUGCUGGUACAGCACGACCUCAGCAGGUAUGCAUUCAAGACGCUGAGGCACUGUCUGACUGCAGGGGAACCACUGAACCCAGAAGUGAUGGCACAGUGGAAACGCCAAACAGGACUGACCAUCUAUGAAGGCUAUGGCCAAACCGAAAUUGGAGUCAUAUGUGUAAAUAUGAAAGGAAUGAAAAUUAAGCCAGGUUCCUUGGGGAAGGCAGCUCCCCCCUACAAUGUUCAGAUUAUAGAUGGGAAUGGCAGUGUUCUGCCUCCUGGGGAAGAAGGAGACAUUGCUAUCAAAGUGGAUGCAAAGCGGCCAUUUACUUUUUUCACUCGAUAUGUGGGCGAUCCAGUGAAAACAGCUUCCACAAUCCGUGGGAACUUCUAUAUCACUGGAGACAGAGGGAGCAUGGAUGAGGAUGGAUACAUAUGGUUUAUGGGUAGAUCUGAUGAUGUCAUCAUCUCCUCUGGGUAUCGCAUUGGGCCAUUUGAAGUGGAGAGCGCCCUGACAGAGCACCCAGCUGUGGCUGAGGCAGCUGUUGUAAGCAGCCCAGAUCCCAUCAGAGGGGAGGUGGUAAAAGCUUUCGUGGUCUUGUCUCCUUCCUUUAAGUCACAGGAUCCAAACAAACUGGCCUGUGAAUUGCAAGAGCAUGUCAAGAAAGUCACUGCUCCAUAUAAAUACCCCAGAAAGAUUGAAUUUGUCCAGCAGCUGCCAAAGACAAUCACUGGGAAAAUCAGGCGGAAUGAACUGAGGAAGAAGGAGUGGGGACAGAUUUAGUGUUGAUAAGUAAUUUAAAACAGCCUACCCCUAUCAGUGUCAUUCAUAAUGGAGCUCUUCUGUUACAACUGUAAACAUCAACACAGGAUUAUAUUUCACCUGUUAGGCAGUGAUUGUGCAAUAAUGCACAAAGUUUAAACACUCCAACUGUCUGGUUUUUAAAUGCUUGUGUUCUUGCCUAACAAAAACCAAGGCAUGUGCAAACACAUCUUCCAGCCAUCUAACAGAAUUACAGUACAAGUAAGUGAUUGUCAGGUGAAAGUGCAAGUGUGUUCAUUCUUUGAGACCGGGUAUUUUAACUCACAAGAGGCUUAUUAAUGAGGAAAUCAUGACAGUAUGGAAUGAAGUUCCCAGAAAUGGCCACAGAUCUUGCAUGCAUCCAAAUUAAGCAGCCUGUUUGUACGAAUCUUGAAAGCCUCAAGAUUUAGGAAUUAAUGUGUUAACAAUGGAUGUCCACUAAGUGCAAAUUAUGAAAAAUCAGAAGUAAACUGUAAGUUGUUAAGGCACACAGGUCAGUGAGAGAGAGAGGGAAAGAAAACAAAAAAUACACCACUAACUACCCCUGAGUCUUUGUCCUUAGAAGAUAAAAAGGCUGUCAUGAAUCGAUCACCAACAUCAGCCACCAAUAAACAUUCACAGCUGGCCUUCCUAUCUGGUCUCAAAUGGUUCUUUCCUUUGUGUGACCUACACAUUGCUGGUUUUAAUCCACACACAAAAAUCUUCAAAAUAUAAAAAAAACACCAAUGGAGGUAAGAAAGCAGAAUUUUAAUAA